AAUUUUAAUGAUUAUUUUUAUCAUAAUUUUUUUUCCUUUCAUCAAAACAUAUAAAAAGAAAAAAAAAUUCUCCUCUUGUCUCAAUUCAUCAAAAUGACGCAAAAGGAAACGACGGAGCAGCUAUUAUCCAUCUUGGCAGCUCGGAAAACCCGAUGGUGGAAAUGAACUCUUCGUCGGCGAUGCUACCGCCACCAGAUCCCGCGGCCUUCACUGGAACCGGAAACCAGAUAUCGCCAUCGAUCGUGAACGCGUAUAGAAUCAACAAAGUCUUGGACAAUUUGGUUUUGUUUGUUCAACCUGGCAACCGACGCGACCCUUACGAAUUUUAUUGCAAUUGCCUCUCCCUCUCUCGAGGUAUCGAUUAUGCACUUGCCAAUGGAGAAACUCCUGCCAGAGCUCAUGAUCUGCCUAGAUUGAUGAAACAGAUUUGUCAACAAAAGAGCGAUGAAUUAUUGCAAGCAGCUAUAAUGGUUUUGAUGAUCUCUGUGAAGAUAGGAAAGGUCUACAGCAGCUUGGGAAGCAUAAAUGCUGGACCUAGUUCUUGCAAUUCCUCAAUAUUGACAAUAAUGGAGAGGUUCUAUCCAAAGAUGAAGUUUGGUCCGAUACUUGCAUCAAUUGAAGCCAAGCCUGGAUAUGGAGCUUCUGCUAUUGACUUCCAUAUUACAAAGAGUAAAGCUCUAAGAGAUAAAAUUUUUUUAUUGGUUGCGCAAACUGAUAACAUUGAGACAUCUGCAUGCCUCAUUAGUCCUCAGCAAGUGAAUUUUCUCCUCAAUGGGAAAGGAGUAAUCAAUAGGAAUAAUGUUCAAAUGGACCCUGGACCACAAAUGCCAACUAAUGUGAAUGGUAUGCUUAAAUAUGGGACAAAUCUUCUUCAAGCUGUGGGCCAGUUCAAUGGUCAUUAUGUUAUACUUGUUGCCUAUAUGAGUGUUAAAUCCUUGCCUGAGCAUCCAGUUCUUCAGGAUUAUUUUCAGCCUGCUGUUACCUCUAUUGAUUCAGAUAUUAUUGAGGGGCCAUCACAAAUUUCACUUAAUUGUCCCAUAAGCUUUACUCGAAUCAAGAUUCCUGUUAAAGGGCAUUCAUGCAAACAUUUCCAGUGUUUUGACUUUGACAACUUCAUUAAUAUGAAUUCGAAGAGGCCAUCCUGGCGCUGCCCUCAUUGCAAUCAGUAUGUCUGUUAUGCAGAUAUUCGUCUUGACCGAAACAUGGUUGAGAUCCUGAAAAAUGUUGGUGAGAACAUUACCGAAGUAUUUGUCCUUGCUGAUGGAUCAUGGAAGGCAGUUUUGGAGAAGGAUCAUGAUGCAGAUAAGAUGCAGAAUAAGGGCCACAAUUGUGAAAAGGAACAAACAGCUCAACAAGAAUCUACUUGCUCCCCUAGUACUGUUCCCAGUGUUCUUGACCUCACCAAAGAUGAUGAUCAUUUGGAGACAAUGGACUCUUGUGAAAUGACAGAUAGAAAACCUUUCCGGGCACCUGUUCUUGGUCAGUUUGUAACCCCAGUUUCUACUUGCUUGGGUAUGAACUCUGCUACUGUUAAUCAAAAUAUUGCCACUCAAGUUCAUACUGCCCGAGGUAGGUCUGACACCCCAAUGUUUGGUGUGUCUGAUGGUCCUGUUCUGCUCAAUACAACAGCACAUGCAUGUCAUCAGGAAUCUGAGGGUCAUGACAAUAACACUGUUGUCAACUCUUCCAUGCAUAAUCAAUUUUCUGCACCAAACAAUUUGCCGAUGCAGUUGAGCUAUCUGAAUCCAGUUAACGAGUAUGGGAGGUCGUCCACAGUGCCAAGAAAUAUUAAUAGGACUCAACCAGCUGUUCAGGCCCUCCCAGCUCAACCUCAGGCAUUGGGAGCACAGCAAAAUUCAAUAACUAAUUUCAAUAACUCCUUGCUACCCAGCAGUUCCUCUGCUACCCAUAUUUCUUUGUCCAACCCAGCCCCGAGAGAUAGUUUCAAUGCCUUGCUAAGUGAUACAGAAAGACAGCAGCAUUUUUCUCGACCCCCUAUGAAUCUGCCUCAGGUCUCAGGUGUAAAUUCACCUGCUUUUCAGCAUCAAACAGUAACGCAGAGCCCAUUCAGACCACAUGGUUCGUUGACUGAUUUUAGCAAUCCACACCUGCAUCAAGCUUUGAAUUCCCGGUCACACAUGGCAAAGCGAUCAUCAAAUACGCAAAGGUCCCACAUUCAGCAAGGCGGUUCACAAUCUGGGAUGAUUCAGGCGCCUGUGGCUGCUGCAAUUAACCUACAAAACAGAGUUAUUCCUUCUGCAUCGGCUUCCAGACAGGGUAGUUCCCAAGCUAGGACUGCUCAAACAGCUGGAGCUACUACACAUAACCAUCAAGAUAGGGUUAUGUAUCCUACCCAGGCCACCAGACAGUCGCCAUCUGUUUCAGUUCAAAAUCAAACCACCGUAGCGGGCACAUCCUUUGCAACUUGCAUCCCGGGGUUGACAGGAGCACAAAGAGCAAAUCCAGCAAAGUCUGUUUGUAGGCCUGAUGAGUACUUCAAUUUGCAAUCAGGACAGAAUCGGCCUCCUCCACGAAUGCGCGGAAGUAUAGAUAUAACGGACGUAAAUGAAUCAAUUACGCAGCGAAUAAUUACGCCAACACAACCAGUUCAAAGUUCAAGGCCACAAGCUUCACAACAAGUUCCAAGUUCAAGGCCACAAGGUUCACAACCAAUGCGACCAACCAGUGGGAUAAGCCGAUUGGAUGCGCUUAAUGCAAACAUAAAUGCCCAUAAUUCUUCGAGUAGAUAAUAUUUCUGCAAGGUUCCACUUGCACAGUUAGUAGAGUGAUUGGGGAUUUAUUUCAAUUUUAAAAUCCCUCUCGUCUCCCUUAAAAAAAUUAAGUAGCUGGUUACCACAACCAUUAAAGGGUAAAAACUGAAAAACAAAUCAUAAUAGUUUUACCAAUUUUUCUCGACCAUCAAAGAAAAUAUCAAGGAUAAUGAAGAGAGUGAGAAAAAAACAGAGUCUUCCAGAUUUACUAAAAGCUUUUAAACAUGGAUUUGGAUACGUUUUUUUAAUCCUUAUGUGAAAAUCAUUAAAUUUAAGAUUUUUACGGAUU